AGAACAAUGGAAAGCCAGCAGUUGAUGGCAUGUGCCAUCCUGGUAAUUGUGCUGGUAGGGAUUUUUGGAAAUUCACUUUCGUUUAUUUUGUUCAGCAGACCGCAUAUGCGAUCUUCAUCAGUAAAUGUACUUCUAUGUGCUUUAUCAUUCUUCGACUUUUCACUAUUAACCCUUUCAAUUCCAAUAUUCGUCAUCCCAAAUCUCGAUUUAUGGGCUAACGAUUUAUCACUUUCAACAUAUAUGGCAUAUAUUCUCAAGCUCAUCUAUCCAAUCAACUUGAUGAUGCAGACGUGUUCCGUUUAUAUAAUGGUGAUGAUAACUCUCGAACGUUGGGUUGCCGUGUGUCGACCUUUACAAGUUAGAGUCUGGUGCACACCUCGAAAAUCUCGAAACGCGAUUCUCGUCAUCAUCGUGUCUGCUUUCUUGUACAAUUUCGUUCGGUUUUUCGAAUAUCGAUUUGUAGUGACGGAAAGUGGAGCGCUAUACGAAAAAUGGCUGAGAGAUCCAGGAAAGCAUAGGUGGUACUACGUUGGCUACUACACAAUUCUUUACAUUGUCACACAUUUUUUGGUGCCAUUUUCUGUUAUGGCAUUUGCAAAUGGGCAUGUGAUAGUUGCAAUGUGCAAACUUAGCAAAACACGGCAGAUGCUCACAAGACAGCAACAACGGGAACAGUCGACGACAGUAAUGCUACUUAUCGUCACAUUUGUUUUCGCAAUUUGCAACACUCUUCCUUUCCUUCUCAACGUCUCAGAGAGCAUUUUCCCGACAUUAUUCCAAGACGAGAGCACGCGGGGACUGGCAUAUUGGCUCAAUGAUCUAUCUAAUCUUCUAGUGGUUCUUAACUCGGGUACAACUUUCAUUAUCUAUUUCACUUUCUCAGAGAAGUACAGGCAAACUUUAGUUUUUAUUCUCAAGAAUGGAUGUUGUGCAACCGUCAGCGACUACAACAACUAUACAGCCAUGUCUAGAACGGCUUCGAUGAGAAUUUCAAGCGAGACGGGCGGUCAAAUUCAACGACAGGGAUCUAAAAUGAGCAAUAGCAGCCGCUCAUCGGACGUUCUUCUCAAACCAAUUUACAUGCAGAAAAGAAGCGAACGCUUCUCGUCGGAGUACAACGAACGAACUUGCAAACACCUUGCUCCUUUCGAAGAGCACAAAUUACCAAAAUUGCCGAGCGAGAAGAGGAAGAAGAAACUACAUAAAAUGUCGGCUGUAGAACAUCGUGGGAUGCCUGAAAUCACUAUCACUUUUAGUGAGGACCUUCCAGAUGGAGAACCCGAUUCUCCAUGUCAACCAUGCUAGAUUUUAUCAUUUUCUUUUCACUUGUAGCUUUUUUGUUUGUCUCUUUAUUAUUAUUAUCGCCAAUUUCUUCCUAUGCACCGAUCUUUCCAAGCUUUCUUCCAUACGAACAAUUCCAAAUUCCAAACACGGGUUGCCUCAUUUGUUCUUUUUUUCUUCGUUUGUCUUUUGCCUCAUCUUCUCCACCAGACAAGCAUAAAUGUGUAUAUAUUUGUUGGCGGUGAGAAUAAAAAGUUGAAGCC